UUUUGUGAAAGGUGAAACGUAAACAUCUCGGUCGAAAGUGGAAUCUCAAUUUUUACCAGAUUUCUUUGGUAAAAUCAUUUAAAUCGCUAUGUUAUAAAGCCGCAAUAAUCCCGAAAUUUGCCAAAAAUGAAAGUAUCCGUUUGAGGUUAAACCAGCAAAAAAAUGGAGUCAGCUAACGGGAGCAGCACCAGUGGCACCACCGACAAAAAGCCCGACCUCAACGCCCUGGUUCGAAACAUCGUCAAGAUCCUGCUGUCCACGUCCAAGUACUUCCACUGUCCGUUUUGCGCCGACGAGUACCUGUUCGAGUUCACCCUGCGCCACCACUUGCUAAAACAGCACGAAGAGGAUCUGUCGAAAAUUGUCCUCUCCCCGGACAACAGCAUCCGGUUCUGCAAGAGUAACAUCUGCCCGUACUGCGGCGCUCUGUUCUACUACAUUUCGGCCCUGCCGAAGCACAUCGUCAACAGCCACAGCCGGGACUGUUUGAUCAAGUGGCAAACGAUCGAGAAGGAAAACAGCCUCCGGAAGCGGUUCGCGGCGGAACCCAGCAUCAAAUGUAUCCCCUGCUCGCCCGGCCUGAGCGACCUGUUCGAGGAGCUCAACACGGGCUCGACGUCGGGCCGGAAGAAGCGCAGCCACCGGCGUAAGUCCUCGCCGCUGUACAAAUCGGCGCUCAAGAACGCGAACCGGAUUUCCGCCUCGAAGCGGACCGCGUCCGAGUCGUGGGUCAGCUGCGACUUUGAGUUCACCAUGGCGAGACCGGCGGCGGCGGAUGGCUCGAGGAGGUCGACGGCACGCCGCGAGCUGCAGUUUGACGACUCGCCGGAUUCGCCGGCCCAGCAGGAGGCUGGGAUUUCAUCGGUCAAGAAGCCCAAACGGAACCGGAAGCGAUUCCUCACGUUGAAGGCGCUGAAGCCCAAGUUUGGUCUGCGGAAGUACGUGCUGUCGAAGUUUAACAAAAAGUAUCACUGCAAAAUUGUGACGAGCACGCCGAACAACUUUUUGGACGAUAGCGAGGCGAACGGCGAGGACGAUUCCCGGCUGCACAAUCAGGAGCGCUGGAACCGGAUCCACUACGAUUGAGAGUAUUAUUGCUUUUUGAGUAUUUUUUUUAUAUUUGUAUGUUACCCAACAUUUUUUGGUGUGGUAUUUUUUUCGAUUGAAUGGUUCGUUUUUAAGAACCUUUUUGGUAUUGCUUUUAUAUAUGGUAUUAUAAAAAUAUAACACAAAUCUCUAAUAUAUUA